CACAGCUAACAACGAUGUUUUUUUUAUUGCGCUCCAAAGAAGUCGGAGUUCCCCCCAAUUUCGUCUGCAAAUUCCACCAUCGCCACGACCGCUAGUGUCGCCGCCCCCGCUGGGUCGACUGAAGCUAUACUCAACGCCUUUUAGUUCAACCUCUUCUUCCCCAAAUCGUUUUUUGAAGGAUACACACAUUAUGUCGGGUAGUCGUGGAAGGCAACCUCGAUCACAUCACUCUGCUGCUCGUGGUCGUGACAGUACUGGUAGUCGACGGCAUGACUCUGCUCGUGGUGGUGGUGACAGUACUGGUGGUCGAAUACACGACUCUGCCCAUGGCCACGACAGUACUGGUAGUCGACCUCAGGACUCCAGUCCUAAUGACCGACAGCGACAGGGAUGUACACGGUUUACACCGUUGAGUGCUCAUGAUGCUGAGAACUUAGGUCGUGGAUACGCUGGGAGUACUAGUGAUGUUGGUAUAUCUGAUCAAAUGGAUGAUACGCAGAGGAUAAUUAAACGUCGUCGUGUACAUGAGGCCCACAAUUCUGGCAUCGACCCUGACAAUGAUUCUGAAGAAGAUGAUGAUGAUACGCAACGCGACUCAAAUGUCGCAGAUACACCUCAUAGAUAUGGCGAUACUAGGCCGUAUCUUGAGAAGUUUGGAAAAAAGUUUGCAUCCUAUCAGGUACAUCAUCAUAUCAGACUUAUAUUUGAUCAAUUUUUGGAUGGAGCAUGGCCCACAUUUACUAAGCUUCCGCCUACAGUAUUUCAGCAAAUGUUUCGUGCUUUUGGGAAAUACUAUCGGUGGGAUUCGGUAAAUGAUGGAAUGAUCGAGAGUGGAUUUAGAAGUGUGGUGCAAGAUCGUUAUUCAGACAUAAUGAGUGAAUAUCGACAUGAAUCUGCAAAUAGAGCUCGAGCGGCCGGUCACAACAUCCCGAACACAAAUAAUGACUUUGCAAUCAUGCGUGAUUUUGAGCCUAUUAGUUUCAAUGAGGACGUAUGGAAGGAUUUGUGUAAAUAUUGGGACACAGAUGCUUGGAGAAAGAAGUCAGUGGCCGGGAGAGCCAACCGUAUGAGCGGUGACGACACCGGUACAGUUUCGAGACAUACAGGGGGAUCCAGGGGUUAUGAUCAGUAUCGACUGGAAUUGCAAAAGGAAUUGAAGCGUAUCCCUACAUUUUUGGAACUUUUUCUUAUUACCCACCUUACUGCAGAGGCCAAGAAAAAAUUCAAGGCUAAAGAUUAUGAUACAAUUCAAGAGUUGGAGUUUUGUACACCUACUGCUAGAGCAAUAUGUGAGAGAUACACUAGUGCCAUGGUUGAAAAGUACGGGGAGGACCUAACUCAACAUCCAGAGGGUGAUGUUGACUUGUGGGUGCAAGCACAAGAAGGGAGAGGCAAGUGCAGACGUAUUUACGGGGUAGGAAGUUCAGAUCUACAUUUCGUUGUCACGGGGACAUCAUCCAAUGGGAACAAACCGACCUCUUCUGAGUACCAGCAGUCACAACAGCGGGUCCAGGAAUUGGAAGAAGCUCAUGCCGAAUUGGCCCGACAAAAUGGUGAAAUGGCCAAAAGACAAGCACAAAUGGAAAAACAAAUGGCGGAAAUGGUCGAGUUCAUGAGACGAUAUGACACUAAUAACUGUCCCAACAAUCCAUCUAAUCCAUCGAAUGCUCCUUAGGUUAUUUGUUGUAAACGUUUGUACGGUUUUAAGACUUCUAUAUUAUCUUUUUGGUUUACACAAUUGUUGAAACUUAUGUUCUAAAGUGUAAACGUUUGUAUGACUUUUUGAUAUAUGGAAUGAACUAAGUUUUUUUGUAUUAGUUCUUUUUCUGCAUUUUAGGCUAAAUUUUUUGGUUUUUUUGUUUUUUAUUUUUUUACAGCUGCAUUGUUCCUAGGAAAUUCCUAGGAACUUCUGUCAUGAACAAGUGUCACAAAAAGCUGUCAAGAAAGUUUCCUAAAAGGUUCCACAGAAAAAAAUUUCCUCGGAGAUCCCUCAAAAACAAUCCUUGGAAAUUCGUCAGAAAUAAACUUCCUUGGAAAUUCGUCGGAAAUAAACAUCCUUGGAAAUUCCUCGAAAAUAAAUUUCCUCGGAAAUUCAUCGGAAAUAAACUUCCUC